GAAGUAGGAGGGAAACUGCUGAGUCUCAUCUGAGCGUGAAAGUAACAUACGCCACAGUCUGAGGGUGCAGUAGCAGCUCUGCAUUGAAUCAAUCUAUCACCAUGUGGACAUCUGGAAACAAAUACUAGACGACAGAGGAGGGAUUAUAAUCAUCACACUUUUGUUGACAUGAUGGACUUUCAUCUAAAAUACAGAUCAGGAAUGUGGCUGCAAACCCUUACAUGACCGGGACAACAGCGAAAGGCCUUCUCUUCAUUGGCGCCAUUCAUCAUGGAUGGAUUAUAACAGUGGAUGUUGCACAACACGCCAUGUAGAAGUGAAGACGUGGUGACUUCUGAGAUGAUGGAGGAGAAGAACGGAGGUGAUCAUGCGAUGGAGGAGGAUGAGGAGGAUGUGCAAAACAAUCCAAAAUGGUCCAAUGGUCAGUGUGUUCUUGCAAUGCCGACCUCUUCAACCCUAAACCCCAGUUUUGAUCUUUCACUGUGUCGGGCCAAACUGGAGGAUGAUGGCUUUGAGAUUCCAGUCAGAGACAUGGAGAUUCCUCUGAACACAGCUCUGAACGCUCCUCCUGUCAGGAGAUAUUUGAUUUUUCACUCUGCGCUUUUUCACUUUAUAUUUGCACCGAUCCUGUAUUUGGUGAUUUGGUGCGCCGUGUUCUCCACCCUCCACAUCUUCAUCACUGUGAGUGAUUACUGGGUCCUCUGCCUCUCUGUCAGCCUGGUCGCCAUCUUCAUCACCACCGCCGUCGUCUUCAUCCUCCACCUCAGCAACAAGGACAUCAACAUGAACUUGGACGUUCGGUUGAUUCAGGUGAAUGAGAGGAUGGUGAAACACAAGCUGCUGGUUGCCGUGGCCGACUGGGUGCAGAACUGCAACGGAAACAUGAAGCUGUACUUUGUGUAUUGGGACUUGUCCUGCUGUCUGAGGGAACUGACUGAAACUUUAGAGGAGCGCAACUUUGAGACGAAUGACACCCAGAAAAAGCUGAAGAAGAAAAUGUCUCAUCUCGUCCUGGUGACGGAGGUCAACGAUGAGGUCAGUGGGUCAGAUAUCGAGCAGGAUUUCGAUGAACAGAGGCCUCUGCUAGGAGACGAGGAGAUGAGCUGCAGUACCUCAUCCAGCCAGCGGGAGGACACCAAAGUUACCACCAGCUACAGCCUGCUCCCCGAUGUCUCUCUACCUGCUCAGGCUAAGGCCUACCAGCUUCUCAUGACCUACAGUGCAGCGUAUGUGAAGCUGCUGGUGUCUGAGAGGCUGUCAGGACCGUCACAUCACCGCAUGCGUCCCAGGAGAAAUCACUGCAGCACCGCCCCGCUCUGCCUCUGUCAGUACAUCAAGAAGAAGAUCCUUCAGUGACAGAGACAACCGGGAUCAAACCAGGAAGCCGCUGCACUGAACUGAUGAACUUUUAAUCUGCAGCUUUAGCUCUUUAUUACACAAACUGAUGGAUUUGUUUUCCUCUGGAGCACACUUGGUUUAUGUUACAUCUUUGGGGAAAUUUUGAUCAAACAAAGGACCUGUUUGGAGCUUCACACUCUUCAUUUCAGUGUUUCACUGUUCCUACAGCAGCCAGGCCGCUGCACUUCUGCUGCUGCUGUUCUCAUGCCAGCUCUGUGUUUGCACCACCUGGACACUCGUCCAUUUGGUCCCACUCUGCACCCUGCCAAACUCUGUCAUGCUGGAAACACGCUGAGGUCUAUUCCAGCUGCUGUAAAACAAUAUUUGUACAUCUUGCACACAUGACAAUCACAGCCUUAAUUACUGCUCUUUAAAUUAUUCUCACAAAUAUUUAUUAUUCAAUGUAAUGACUUUUAUUUUUCAGUAGGUUCUUCUGUGUUUAUCUUUGUACAAAACAAGUUCUGUACUUUUCUUGAUUAUGUCCUUUAUGUUUACUCCACAUAAUACGACCCCUCCACUUCAUUUGAGAGGAAAAUGUGAAAACCUUUUUGUACUCCAGUACAGCUCUGUGACAGCUGCUGUUACUUUUCAGAUAAAUAUUUUACAUUAAAAACAUGAUUGUAUAAUUUAAUUUACUAUCUUUAUGUUGUUAAAGAUGAAACAGUGAUAUCAAAAUAUGUUUUAGUUACGACCUUGUUUGAUUUCAUCUGCACUUGUUCCCAGAAGUAUUUCAGUAUAUGUUUGCACCCUAGAUCAACAUUUAACAGAAAAUGAAUUUUAAAUAUAUAUAUGUACGUGUGCAUGCAUGUGUGUGUGUGUGUGUGUGUGCGUGCGUGUGUGUGUGUGUAUGUAUGCAUGUGUGUGUGUGUAUGUAUGCGUGUGUGUCUGUGUAUGUAUGCAUGUGUGUGUAUGUGUGUGGGUAUAGUGUGUGCGUGUGUGUGUGUGUGUGUAUGUAUGCAUGUGUGUGUGUGUAUGUAUGCAUGUGUGUGUGUGUAUGUAUGCGUGUGUGUGUAUGUAUGCGUGUGUGUGUAUGUAUGCGUGUGUGUGUGUGUGUGUAUGUGUGUGUGUAUGCAUGUGUGUGUGUGUGUGUGUGUAUGUGUGUGUGUGUAUGUAUGCAUGUGUGUGUGUGUGUGUAUGCGUGUGUGUGUGUGUAUGUAUGCAUGUGUGUGUGUGUAUGUAUGCAUGUGUGUGUGUGUGUAUGCGUGUGUGUGUGUAUGUAUGCAUGUGUGUGUGUAUGUAUGCGUGUUUGUGUGUGUGUGUGUGGGUAUAGUGUGUGUGUGUGUAUGUAUGCAUGUGUGUGUGUGGGUAUAGUGUGUGUGUGUAUGUAUGCAUGUGUGUGUGUGUGUGGGUAUAGUGUGUGUGUGAGUAUAGUGUGUGUGUGUAUGUAUGCAUGUGUGUAUGUGUGUGUGUGUGUGUGUAUGUAUGCAUGUGUGUGUGUGUGUGGGUAUAGUGUGUGUGUGUAAAAUGUAUUCAUUCCAUUUUAAACCUCAAAGGUUAAAGUACUUCUUUUUCAGAUACAUCAUGGUAUUAGAGUUUUAUAUCAGGUGAAGUAGUGUUCAUGUAAAUCCUAAUUUUCCAGUUGCUGGAGGUACUUGAUAUACAUUUCUGAAAUAAUUAAUAAACUGAUAUUGUUUUAUGUUUAAAGUUUACAUUUAAAAGGAAAAACAAAUUAAACAUGUCUGACAGA